CGACUACCAACUUUCUCUUGAUUGUCGAGGAACCAUGUCCAGCUCAGGAGACGCGCACAAGCAGACAUAUCGUUCCAUGCCAGACGGAUCGGACGACGAUGACUUUGAUGACCUCGAUGAUGUCCUCCAGUCAUUCAACAAGCCCAGCUCAAGCCAGUCCACCCACCGAGGCCCCUCUGCUAUUCCUGCCACUCCCCCGCAACCAACAUCGGCCAGCCCGGGAGGGAUAGCACCGGAGACUGACGCCGAGUUUGAAGCUUCUUUGGAGGAGGGUAUGGAGUCGCUCCUCCGCCAACUCGCCGGUGACCACCCUCCAGGACUGAUGCCCGAUAGACCACAGCCUUCCUCUUCGUUGGGAAGUCAAGGGCGGACGCCCGAUUCGGUGCCGAUGAGCAAAGAGGCGGAAGAAGACGCGUGGCAGAAGGCGGUGGACAUGUUGCUCUCAGGAGAGGGGCUAGCGGCUCUUGGGCUUGAUGACAAGAAUGAGCCGAGUGCAGAAGGAUCGAGUGGUGCAGCGCUCGAGCGUCCUGCAGAUGGACCGCGAGACCAGACAGCCGACUAUGACGAGACUUUGAGGGCGAUUCAUGAGAAACUCAAGAACGCCGGCCAAAAGUCUGAUACCCAGACGGGUGACUCGGAAGGGAUGGAAGCGCUACUGAAGGCCCUUGGGGGCGACCCGGACCUGCUCAAGGAGUUUGGUGGAGAGGGAGGUGAAGGUGAUGGACAGCUGGAAGGCAUGUUGGAGGGGAUGAUGGCGCAAUUGAUGACCAAGGAGGUCUUGGAAGAACCCAUGAGCGAACUUGCGUCCAAAGUCCGUUGUGUCUCUCUCGUCCUAGUCAAAGCUGACACUAUCCAGUACCCGGCCUAUCUUGCGUCACCUCCUGCCAAUACCUCGCCCUCUGACCUUGCUCGCUACAAAAAUCAAUUUAGCCUUGUCACCCGUGUCGUCGAGACUUUCAACAAGCCUGGAUUCUCGGAUGAGAAGGAUGGGAAGGAAGUGGCGAGGCUGGUCUCGGAUAUACAAGACCUGGGAGGGCCACCCAAGGAGGUGAUGGGAGAGUUGCCAGAGGGCUUUGACUUGGGUGCCUUGGGGGAUGAAGAGGGAUGUUCAGUCAUGUGACAUCGUCAGGGCGUUGUUUGACGGCGGGGCGUGUAGACAUUAUCAUGAUAAAGACGUUUCACUUGGGGGCGUCCGGAUGCGACAAGAUGGAGUGCAUGUAUGUAAUGACUAUGUAGACCAUUCUGACGAUUGCUUCGUUCGAAAUCCGUCAGACACGCCAAUGUCUUCAAGGUCACGAAGCCGAGUGUUCCCUUCGCUAGCCAGUCUGAAAGUCCUUUUGAUAAAAAUGCUAGACUGUAUCGUGAUAAUCAUG